AUGGCAGGGAACAACAAUGUCUCGGGGAAUGCCCCUAACCCAAAACCAAAGAAACAACCCUCUCCAACUUCCUUACAUAUCCCCCUCAACAUCACCCUCUACCUAUGUCUAGUCGCCAACGGUCUGGCUGCACUCUUCUCUCCAAUUCAAGAUUGCGAUGAAGUUUUCAAUUUCUGGGAACCUGCGCACUACUUACAGCAUGGAUAUGGCCUUCAAACAUGGGAAUAUUCACCAGUUUAUUCUAUCCGAAGCUGGCUCUAUGUGUCGCUGCAUGCUGCUGUGGGAAAGUUGGGGUCAAUGUUUGUCCACAGCAAGACAGCUGAAUUCUACACAAUUCGUUUGGUUCUUGCAUUUGUAUGUGCUGCUUGUCAGACUCGACUGUACUCCGCGAUCUGCCGCACUCUCAGCCCCCGCAUCGGUCUAUUCUUUGUCAUGAUUAUUACACUCAGCCCUGGCAUGUUCCAUGCUUCGACAGCCUUUUUGCCAUCCACUUUCACCAUGUAUAUGUCAAUGCUUGGUUUGGCUGCUUUCCUGGACUGGAAGAAUGCCCAGAGAGCAGCACACGGCAUCAUGUGUUUUGGCCUAGGUACAAUUGUCGGAUGGCCGUUCGCGGGAGCUCUCAUUGUCCCUCUUUUAGCUGAAGAGGUCAUUCUCACCAUUAUUUCUGGGUCCGUUGUCAAUCUCUUUUGGACCAUUGCUGAUGGCCUCAUCGGUUGUUUGGGCAUUCUGGCUCUUGAGGUCACGGUCGACUAUGCUUUCUUUAAAAAGUUUGUUCUUGUACCUUGGAACAUCGUUGCAUACAACGUAUUGGGAGGGGAAGGUAAAGGCCCUGACAUUUUUGGAACGGAACCAUGGACUUUCUAUAUUCGAAACCUUUUGCUCAAUUUCAAUGUCUGGUUUGUGCUCGCCAUGCUAUCUGCACCCCUCCUGGUUUUUCAGAUGGUCUUUCGAUCCCACACCACCUCCUUGCAAACCUCGUUGCGGUCAAUGGCAUUCGUCGCCCCGUUCUACAUGUGGUUUGGAAUCUUCACGUCUCAACCUCACAAGGAAGAGCGAUUCAUGUACCCAGCCUACCCGUUCCUAGCACUGAGCGCGGCACUUUCAUUCCAUAUCAUUCUGACAUACCUCGGUUCAACUGAUCGAAAAGAGCUGGUUGGCCGUAUUCCGACGAAAUUGAAGAUCAUUGCAGUUUUGCCGGUUGUUCUACUUGCCCUGAACGCUGGAAUGUUACGCACCCUCGGCAUGGUUACAGCCUACAGUGCUCCAUUGAAGGUUUUUGAACCUCUGCAGCAAGUCGGUGUCGCACAAAGGGACGGCUCAGUAUGUUUCGGCAAGGAGUGGUAUCGCUUCCCUUCUUCAUACUUCCUUCCACACGACUUGCGCGCCAAGUUCGUCCGAAGUGAAUUCCGGGGGCUGCUCCCAGGUGAAUUUCCAGAUGCACCAAGCUAUCUCGAGCGUUUGGGUGGAGCUUCGCAGACUCCAUCUGGCAUGAAUGAUCUCAAUAUUGAGGAUCCCAGUAAAUACGUUGAAAUCUCUCAAUGUUCUUUUUUGGUUGACUCUCACUUCCCUGGUCACGAUGCGACCGAGCUGGAACCCAAUUACGUCAUGGAUACAGCUCACUGGGAGAAGCUAUCUUGCGCAAGUUUCCUUGAUGCAUCCCAGACCGGUUUGCUAGGCCGAUUGAUCUGGAUUCCUGAUUUCCCAAUCAUCCCAGAUCGCUUCCGACGCAAAUGGGGUGAGUACUGCCUUCUCCAACGAAGCACAAAAAGCAAUGUAUAG